AUGGCCUUGGCUGGCAUUUGGGCAAUGUGUGUGGAAAUAAACAGUUCAGGGAAAUUACAAACUGGAAUCACUUCGAGUAGAACAACCAAGAAGAACUACUUUAGGGAUAGAACAAGUGGCAUGGAAUUCGAAGCGGAUUGGACAAAGCAUAGAAAACCAUCUGCAUUUACAUCUCAAUUGAUCCGCUCUGCAACAUCAUUCAUGCCUUGGUCUCGCAAAAUCCCUAUGAGUGAAGGAUAUCAUGAAUUUCUUUAG